CAAACAUGAACCCUGCUUUGGGAGCAUUCAGGUUUGGGAACCUGGAAAGAAUUUGAGGGAGACUUGCUGCUGCUGUUGGAUCGUGAAGAUUGAAUAGAGAAAUAUGGCUGCCUUUACCCUACGAAAAGAAAAUCUGGAAAUGUUUGAAGCAGUUGGUUUUUUAGCUAUCAAACUUGGUGUGAUUCCUUCAGAUUUUAGUUAUGCAGGCCUUAAAGACAAGAAAGCCAUCACCUAUCAAGCAAUGGUUGUCAGAAAAGUGACUCCAGAGAGGUUGAAAAAUAUUGAAAAAGAAAUUGCAAAGAAAAGAAUGAACGUGUUUAAUAUUCGGUCUGUAGAUGAUUCCCUUAGACUCGGUCAGCUCAAAGGAAAUCACUUUGAUAUUGUCAUCAGAAACUUAAAAAACCAAGUCCAUGAUUCUGCAAACCUGAGAGAGAGAAUUUUGGAGGCGAUAGAAAAUGUUAAGAAUAAAGGUUUUGUGAAUUACUAUGGACCACAGAGAUUUGGGAUGGGAAGGAAAGUUCACACAGACCAAAUUGGAUUGGCUUUGCUGAAGAGUGAAACGGUGAAAGCUGUAAAAUUAUUUCUUACACCAGAAGAUUUGGAUGAUCCUGUAAAUAGAGCAAAGAAAUAUUUUCUUCAAACUGAGGAUGCUAAAGGCACACUUUCACUGAUGCCUGAAUUCAAAGUUCGAGAGAGAGCACUGUUGGAGUCACUGCAUCGCUUUGGCAUGACAGAGGAGGGGUGUGUCCAGGCGUGGUUCUCAUUUCCCCAUUCUAUGCGCAUUUUCUACAUUCAUGCGUAUAGCAGCAAAAUUUGGAAUGAGGCAGUAUCUUAUAGACUCACAACCUAUGGACCAAGAGUGGUGGAGGGUGAUUUAGUCUGUUUGGAUGAAGGUGGUGAUGAUGAGCAUUUCCCAAGUAGUAAAGUUCAUCUAGUAACUGAAGAAGAGGAAUCGGCUAAUAUAUAUGCAAUACAUCAGGUGGUUCUUCCAGUGCUAGGAUACAAUAUUCAGUACCCGAAGAACAAAGUAGGGCAGUGGUACCAGGAAAUACUUAGCAGAGAUGGACUACAGACAUGCAGGUUUAAAGUACCUGCUCUGAAACUGAACGUUCCAGGAUGCUAUAGGAAGAUUUUGAAACAACCCCAUAAUGUCUCGUACCAACUAAUAGAAGAACAUGAUACUGAUGUCAAAGCAGAAGGUUCCCACAUCGAUGAAGCAAUUUUAUCUCUUUUGAUCUCUUUUGAUCUUGACGCCUCGUGUUAUGCUACAGUUUGUCUGAGGGAAAUAAUGAAGCAUGACUUUUAAAACCAGUACCCUUGAUAUAAUCGUAUAUGUUUUUAAAGGAAAGGGAGCUAACAUUUCUUGGGCAUCUGCCACGUGCUAAGAGCUUUAUAAUUGUUAUCUCCCUUAAUUACGCAACAGCCCGAUGAAGUAGGAAUUUGAUACUAACAUUGCAAAGGACAUAUAGCUAGUAAGUGGCAGGGUUUCAAUUUAAGACUCCAAAGCCUGUGUUUCUUCUGUUAUCUAAUGAUUCAGUGACCUUUAUUCUGUGCUAUAAAAGUUAUAGUCUUUCUGGACUAUUAGGAGCAUACGCAUAUACUACACGUAACAUUUAAGAAAAAAUAUUUUUGGAGUAAUGUUUAUAUCCUCUCUCUCCUUGCUUAGAAUACAGAUGAAACAUGAUUGUAAUGAAAGCAUGGUUGGAGAGAAAGAGAGAAGAAACAUUUUGUUAAUUAUUAUUGUUAUUCUUUCCUAGUUUUGAAAUUGUUGAUCAAAACAAUGUAUCAGGGAAAUGUGAUCCCUCUAUUUAUGAUAGGUAACCCAGGGUAGUUUACCCCUUUGUCAGAUGAAUAAUCUUCAAUGAAGAUUGAGAUAAAAAUUUUUAUACAGUUUAUUUAUCUCAUCAUACAUUGACCUUCUUAAUUUUUUGUUACUUUAUUAUUUUUUUUCUGUUACCUAAAACACAGUUUUUAAUGUCAGACAGAUCUAGGCUCAGAUUCUACCUCUGAUACUUUUACUAGUGACUUUGGGUAUGGUACUGAUUUUUUUUGAGGCUCACUUAAAGAAUCACUAUUACACAAAUCUCAUAAGCAUCAAAUAACAGGAUUAUCUCUACCUUUUAUGUUGCUAGAGGAAGAAAACAUUUUGCCCAUUUAAAAAUGUAAAUAUUUGUUGAUUUAACUAUUCCCCAUCAUAAAUCAUUCUUAACCACUUUAUAUUAGUUACAUUUGGGAGGAAAUGGGAUAUACUGAUUGGGAAGAUCUGAGCAUUCUUUCAUUGUUGUUAGCAUUAUAUAAUGAUGACAUUUUAAAAGCAGUAUAGAGCAUCAUAUUUCAGUAAUGUGGCACUUCUAUAUACUUUAAGUCAGUCAAACUAUUGGGUGUAUUAGCAUAAGAAAUGAAAUUCAAAAGAAGGAAAAGAAGCUAUAUGCAAUGCAAAAUUUGCUCAUUGCAGCAUUUUUAUAUAUAAUGAAAGAAAUUAGAAAUAGUUUGAAAGUCCAGCAUUAGAUAAUGAAAGUAAAAUGGGAUGUUAUCAACUUGAUGGGAAAACAUGUUAAUUGUUUAAAAUGAUGAUACGGUUUUAGCUAUGUGAGAAAAUGUUGCCCCUCGUAAGCAGAACGUAUACAUUACAAUUGUAGUGUAUACACUAAAUGCAGCUUUUUCAAAUGACAGGCACUUUAGCACAGCGAUUAAAAGCACAGAUACUGGAGGCAAACCCCCCCAUUUUGAGCCUUGACUCUGAAACUUACAGCAGUGUGGCCUUGGACAACUUAUUUAAGGUUUGUGUGCUUCAACAUCUAUAAAAGGGGGCUGCUAAUAUUCCUUAAGAUUAUUGUGAUGAUUUGCUGAGUUAAUAUAUGUAAAGCACCUGGCACUUAGUUGAAAAGUGCCUGGCACUUAGUUGUUGUUAAAUAAAUGUCCAUAGUGCAAGUUUGGAAGGGAACAAAAAAGCGAAUAUGCCAUUGUGUUAAGAUGAUAGGGUGCUUGGAUGUUUUUUAAUACUUGAAAGUUCCUUUAUUGUCAUUAUAUAUUUUAAUAAUAAAUAAAUUUAGGACACAAUAA